AUGGCAUUGACAUUGCCAACCUUUAUGGUGCUCAGAUCCGAUGAGAAGAACGAAUACCUGGGCUUCAUCCAUGAAAAUGGGAAGUCUGAUGGGUAUCUGGAAUUCUCGGAAGCUCAGGCUGUGAGCCCGUAUGCAAAAUUUGAAGUGGAGAUGGCUGCAGGAGCUGGCAAAGAUGGCAUGGUGCACAUAAGGAGCUGUCAAAACAACAAAUACUGGGUAAGAACCAAAAAUCUUUCCGCCACUGAAACCCCAGGGGAGGGCUAUUGGAUUACUGCAACGGCCAGCAAGCCGGAGGAAGACCAAUCCAAGGAGUCAUGCACAUUGUUCAAGCCUAUCUCUGUAGACCCUGUAACGAAUACGGUCCGAAUUAUUCAUGUUCAAUCAGAAUGCUAUCUAUGCUUAUGGCGGCUGAUCAAUUCGAAUCCAAAACCUGGUGAUCGCUGCGUCUUGGCAUACUACAAACACUUUGAUGGUAAUUCCCGUGAUAUCUUUACAAUCAUUGAUUGGGAGUCGUUGUUGAUUCUGCCUAAGUACGUAGCAUUCAAAGGAAAUAAUGGUCAGUAUCUUUGUCUGCGUUGGAUCGAAUAUCACCCAUAUUUGACGUUUGCAACUGAUGAUAUUGGUGAUUCAACUGUGCCAUGCGAGAUUUUUGUUACUCACAACGGAAACAUCCGCAUCAAGCCCACUUGUUCAGAAAAAUUUUGGAGGCUCAGCCCAAAUUGGAUUUGGGCAGAUUCUGAUGACGGCGCUACCACCGUUAACAUCCCGGUGGACACCUUGUUUCGCCCCGUCAAAGUUGACAAUCGCACAAUAGCUCUUAUCAACUUGGCCAACAAUAAUUUCUGCAAGAGCAUCACAAUGGAGGGAAAGACAAACUGUCUUAAAGCAGCCGUCCCCUCUGUUACCAGAGAUGCCCAGCUAACGGUGGAAGAGCCUGUCAUGACAAGACAAAUUCAUAAUGUCAAAUAUAAACUUGAUUAUUCCAGGGUCUAUGAUGAAAGAAUUAUUGUUGCAGCUAAAAAUUCUGCCAGUAACUAUAGCCAGCAAUCCUCCACUUUAGACGUGAAGCUUUCCUAUACAGAUACCAAGACUAGUACUUGGAAAACUAAUUUUUCACUAAAGUUGGGAGCGAAAGCCACCAUCGAUGUCAACCUGCCACUCAUUUUUGAGGGGAAGAUUGAAUUAUCCGGUGAAGUUCAGUCAGGAAUUGAGUGGGGAGAGACCAAGACAAUUACCACUGUAGUGGAGGUUGUACACAAAGUUGUUGUGCCUCCGAUGACUAAGGUGACGGUGGAUCUGAUUGCAACAAAUGGUAAGUGUGACGUUCCCUUCUCAUUCACUCAAAGGGACACUCUUUAUAAUGGGACCACUGUCACAACUGAAGUGCAAGGUGGCACUUACACUGGUUCUAAUUACUACAACAUCAGCUUUGAAACCAAAGAAGAGAAGUUGAAGUGA